AAAGGUUUCUCUAAACUCACCAAAAUUCUAUGGUCACCAACUGAUGUGCAAUCAUUUUUGGUUCUGUGCAUCGGUUGUGAAUUGGAUGCACCACUAGUCUACUCUACCAUAUCCCAAACAAGCAUCAAACCCAGAAACUAUAUCUACUUCUGUUGCCUUGGCCUCACCAACAGCAAUCGUAUUGAGGGUACUACGUGUAAUUUACAGGAUAUGACGAGCAUUAUUUCAAGCCACCAUUGUAAUUGGUCAUUUGGGAUUCAAGAGAACCCUCACACAGGAUUCAACAAAGUUCUGCUACCUGGAUGCACUUCACAUUUUCCUUCAAGAGGAUUGGUCUUUUCCAAUGGUAACUAUCACAUUCGUUAUCAAACAGAUCGAAGAAGUAGGCCUAUAUUUUCUAGUACAGUGGAUGGUGUAAAUCCAGAUGACUCGGAAGAUCAAAAUGACAAGGAGGAAUCUUCAAAAUCUGAAACUGGAGGGGGAAAUAAUGAAAUGGUCAGAGAUAAUCUGGAAAGACUUGUUGGUACAGAUGACUCCAGCUUUAGUGGGAUAGACCUGGCAACUCUUAUUAGGAACAAGUAUGGAAGGUCAUAUGAUGUUCAACUGAUCAAGAAGGAGUUCCUUGGAAGAAACCUGCUGGCUAUGAAUGUGAUGUGGAAGUACAGGGAGCAGAGAUCCUUUCCACUGACAGAAGAAGAGUAUCUAAUGAGGCUUGAUGAUGUUGCAAACAACUUGAAGUGCUGGGGAGCUGUGUCACAUAUCCGAAACAGCCUAGCAACAGUGAAAGAGAGGCCCCGGAUAGGAAAGGCUGUUAGCAUUUUUAUAGAUAUGGACGAGUCUGGAGGCCGUGCAAAUGAAUGGAUUUACAAGUAAACAGGCAUAGUUUGAGUCAUUUACAAGUAAAUCAGGUUGGAUACGAGAAGGAUCUAAUUUUCAUGAAGAUUAGUCGGCCAAUACAUCAAGUUUCUUGAAGAUGAACAAAAACAAAUGUUAAAAAUGAUUAGUUGAAGGUGUGAUGUCUGAUAUGUGCUUAAAUAUGUGCAUCAGUGUCAUUUCCGGUGGAAAGAUCGACCUGCUAGUGGUGGGAAAACAUACCUAGCUACCAUUAAAGAUGUAAUUUUAUUUCAUAUUUUCAAUACAGUCAAUUACUCAAUUACCACGAAAUAUUCUAUUC